AUGUCGGUCACCGCCUUCACUUGCCUCCCCGACCCUCGCCCCAGUCGUCUGCGUCGCAUCGGUCAACUGCGAAACUACACACAAAAUCGCAGUUUGAGCAGCCGAGUCCCCUGGCGUUCGUCGACUUCCGGGCCCAACUCGCCGAACCCGGUGGAGAACGUAAAUGAGAGCUCCACUCCGUGCCCAGAUACCGAUCACCCAGCCCUCUCGCGUUACAUAUCGGCACCCUCUGAGAGUUCGGCCUUUGGCGACCUCACCAGUCGCGUCUCCUCUGCCGACUCUGCGCUGUCGACUCCAAUCAUCGAAGACUCGCCGACAACAGCCCAUGCCAUGGCUCGGCUGAGGAGCGCUUCAGCCGCACAGCAACCGCCACCGCGCACACAAGAUCGACAAAACUCUGAAUCUAGUGUCUCCCCUGAGCCGAAUUCUCUGCCAACCGAUGAGAUCGCGCCAACCAGUGCCCCUGAUGAUUCAAUUACGUCUCCGAAACCAGACAAGAAGGCGACCAUUCGCUUCUUCCCGUAUCAGGAUGCCCAAGCGAGUACCACCGCCAGACCCUCUCUCCCCUUUGUCCCGAUCACGCGCACUCUCCCAUCGGAAAGCUGUGUGAUUCGAGUGGGCCGAUACUCGGAACGCGAUGGUGUUCCCGUUCCUAACCCCACCGAACCCUCGGAUGCCCCCGUAGGCUUCAAGUCCAAGGUCGUGAGUCGGAAACAUUGUGAAUUCUUGUAUGUCAAUGGCCAGUGGCAUCUCAAGGAUGUGGGGAGCUCGUCGGGCACAUUUUUAAACCAUAUGCGCCUGAGUCAGCCCAACAUGGUCUCUCGUCUGUAUUCAAUCAAAGACGGAGAUAUCGUGCAACUGGGGAUUGAUUUCCGCGGUGGGGAGGAGAUGAUCUUCCGAUGUGUUCGCAUUCGCAUCGAAUGUAAUCGAUCGUGGCAACAGCAGCCCAAUGAGUUCAACAAAAAUACGGAAAGCCUUAUCAAAAACUUGGGUAAGGGCGAGACAGCCGAUUAUUCUGGAUGUCGUGAAUGCUCUAUUUGCCUGGGCUCUGUUUUGCGCCCCUACCAAUGUCUGUUCAUGGCAGCCUGCGCACACGUCUGGCAUUACAAAUGUAUCAGCCGACUUCUCCACUCACCCGACUAUCCCAUGUUUCAAUGCCCCAAUUGUCGUGCAUUUACCGAUCUCAGUGCCGAGGUAGACGACUCCAACGACGUUGAAGAAAGGCGCGAGAAGGAAUCCAUAGCCUCGGCACCUCCAGCAGAAGCAGCAUCAGCGGAAGAACCACCAGUUGGUCCCACUGAGCAUAUUCAACCAGAAGCACCAUCCGAAACCCCAAACAUCGGACCAACGAACGACCCGGAACCAGUCCAGGAGCAACUGGGAGAUGUCACCGAAGAAGAGAGCUUAGCGGGCGACAUUCCAGAAUCCGGCCUACCGAAUGGCUCUGAACAACCUAGCCUACCACAUCAGUCUGAACAAGCCGGUCUAUCAAAUCGCGCCGGAGAUCCUAGCUUCUCAAAUGGAACGGGGGGUAUGUUCAUCCAUAAUGACGGACUGGGAAGUUUCAUCGAAGAAGAUAGCCUAUCAAGCGGCUUGGAGCACCUUCUUAUCCAAGACUAUCUGCGAAUCGACAAUACUUCGCCGGCUCUAGGAUCCAGCACCGAUCUCGCCCGCAGCGCCACAAUCAGCAUCCCGGGCUGGCAACCCAGUCAACCCCUCAGCAUACCGCAGGGCAGACAAGCUCAAUUACGGUCAGACACCCCAGGGCGCUCGGAGACCUCAGACGAUAACCCCCUGACACCACGCAACGACUCCGGUCCCCUCGCCUUCGACGGAAGAGCAGGGAUGCCUUAG